AUGUUUCGAUGUGAGCAAAUCGAAAGUAGUAGGUUAGCGAAAGAAUGGCGAGAUUGGAAAGGAGCAUUGGAAUAUUACUUCGACUCGUAUCAGAUUAUUGACCAGAAAAUCAAGCGCUCUAAAAUGCUACAUUUCGGUGGGCCACAAUUACAGAGAGUCUUUGAAAGUUUGGAUGGUAUUGAAGAGUUUCCUCUGGUGUUGUUGGAGAGGCCAUACUACGAUGUAGCAAUAGAUCGGUUGGAUGCUUACUUCAAGCCACGUAGUCAAGAUGUUCUCGAACGACAUAAGCUACGUAAUAUGAAGCAAUGUCCCAAUGAACGCUUCUCUCAUUAUGUUUUACGCAUACGCCAACAACUGAUGGAUUGUGGUCUCGAGAAGUAUUCGAAAGAGAUACGAAAUGUAAUUGAGGAGAUCAUGCUUAUCGAUGUGAUUGUGGAGGGUUGCAAUUCACCGGAGCUACGGCGUAAAAUUCACGAAAAGGAUCAGUCAGCGGCUGAUAUUGAGGCGUUGGGGGAGUCAUUAGAGAGCGUUCAUAACCAGGAGAGGGAACUUAAAGUUGGAACCAAUAGCGACAGAGUUGAUCAGUCAGAGAUCUGCAAAAUAGGAACGCAUAAAGCAAAGACACUGAUGGAAAGAGAAGGGAAACUCUGUGUUAUGCUUGUGGAAAUUAUGGUCAUAUUUCUACUUCUGUCGGAAUGUCGAAAAUGUAGGAAGACCGGGCACUUCGAAAGGGUUUGUCGCAAAUGCUCAUCGAAUCCAGAAGUGCUGUCUUCGCCGAAGAAAGUUCGAGUUAUUGAUGGAACUAAUCCAUUGACUCAGGAUGUCCUACCAAGCGAAAAGGAAACGGAGAAAAAGGUUCACUAUACAUUCUAUACAGGGAAUCAAGCCAACGUGUUCGAUUGCAACAUCGGUGGAGUUCCUGUGGAAGUACUGAUUGAUUCCGGUUCUGAUGUGAAUCUGAUAACCGAUAAAACGUGGAAACUGAUGAAAGCUCAGCACAUCGCCGUAUCUAAAUGCGAAAAGGGAAGCGAAAAGAUUCUUAGAGCAUACGGUAGUUCUAAACCUCUUUCGAUUUUGGGGACAUUCAUGGCUGUUGUUGAAAUUGGGAACCGUGCUACAGAAGCUACAUUCUACGUUGUCGAUGGGGGACAAAGAAACCUGUUGGGUGAUGUCACGUCGAAAAAGCUGGCAGUACUGAAGAUCGGAUUAGAAGUGAAUGCAGUCGCGGAAAAUGCAGAGAUAAAGCGUUCUCCUUUCCCGGAGAUCUCUGGUGUUCAAGUGCGUAUCCAAAUGGACCCCAACAUAACUCCGGUUUUCCAACCCUUGCGACGCGUACCGAUACCUUUGGAAAAUGCAGUAAAUGAGAAGCUGGAUGAAUUACUAAAACGCGAUAUAAUUGAGGUGAAGACUGGACCCGCGACAUGGGUGUCACCACUAGUAGUGGCAAUCAAAACAAACGGCUCAUUCGUGAUCGUCACCCAAUGCCGGUGA